UCGGUCGCCCCACCCGCUGGCUGCUACCCAUCAAUCGCCGUUGACAGGUUAACUAACAAUUUGCCUCGACUGACUUGUGAGAGAUUGUACAAAAAAAAAGUUCCGUCCCCCACCACGAGCCGCGAGAGGUCAGACGUCCCUAGUUUCCGGCUGCUGGCACUGGCUCCUCCCAUACACACCCCCCCCCCUUCUCCUCAAAGACGGAACCUAUGGAGAUGCCAUGAGGCAGUGCAAUUGUGUGAUUUUUAUUUAUGCUUGGAACAUGUUGCCCCAGAGCUCCUCAAAUCGCAGUUGAUGCGCUCCAAAAAAAAAAAAGGCUGGCUUGUCGCUAAGGUGCGCGCGUGUGUGACCAGGUGGAGUUGAAGGUACAGGUUCAGCUGCCCCGGGUGCGGUGCCCAAACGUCCAAGAGGUCCAAAGGACAGGAGGACGAGCAAUGGCCGCCGCCGACCCGAGCGAGCCUCGACAUGAUCGUCGCGGCUCUCACAGUCGAGACACGCCCAUCGCAUCCGCUUUCGACCCGUCUUUGGACCCCACGAUCCGGACCUUGUUCGAGCAACAGGUUGCAAUCCAGGCCAAACUCGCUGCUUUGCUGCCGGCCAAGUACGUUCCCAACAGCAAGCUCGAGCUGGACAUGCUGCGCCAUAAGUUGAUGUCCCUCGAAACUUACGCCGAAAAUCAAAACCUCGCCGCGACAAUUCCCAUAUUGUCUGACGUGGAAGAGGCUCGGGCACUACAGUACAAGUGCGAAUGCAUAGAAAGCUCAUUGAUAGAUCAAGGCUUGGACCUUCUCGACCCUAGGUUCUUGGAUGCUUUGAAAUCGUCUGCACCAAACGAUGCGCCGCGGGAGUACGGCGCUUGGCUUGACAGAAACAUCUCAUAUUAUGAUCCGGUGUUUCGGGGCUGGAGACUGAGAGAGUCUUUGCCGCUCAUCUCGCGCAAUCAAGCAUCGUUCAAAUGCUGGGACGACCAUUGUCUGUACUAUAUAUACGGAUUUUCACACGCCGAGGAUCGGGAGCAUCAUCUGAGGGAGCAUGGCCUUCCCGUUAAAACCGACUCGGGUCUCUCCGUCGGGAGUGUGCCACCAAUGCAUUACCCUAAACAAUCGACAUCCUCACGACUUUAUAACCCAGAGCAACGUAUUAAUCAGAGCUCGCCCGUCGCCCUGCCACGCCUCUCUGCUCCCUCAACUUUGCCACCACUAGUUUCAGCCAGUCAGUCCCGGGACAGGCGCGAACCCAUGUUGGCGUACUCUUUUGUGAACGAGUUUCCCGGGCAACCCAGGGGUUCGGUAGAGUCAGAGGUUGACCCAUUAUUACCGCCUUUGAAACGGAGCCGAGUCGGUCACUCGAGGCUGGAAUCCAUCGGAGAACUUCGGCUUCCUCGAGACACGGGCCCCUGUCUUCGGUGCAAGGUGCAAGCCAAACCGUGUGACUCGCAAGACGAGUGUGGAUUCUGCUCUGAGCCCCCAACGUCCGCGGACGACGACUUCUGGAGUGUUCUGGGAUGUCAUCGGCAACCACUCGCCGCCUUGGCUGAUUACAUGUUACCAGAGCUUCUAUCACCGAGACAGGUCCACACGCCCGUGACCUCUCCAAUGGCUCGGAGACGUAAUAUGAAUGAAUAUCUCGAACGUACAUACCUUGUCAGUCCCGCCAUGGCAGAAAUGGUAAGGAAUUACGUGGACUUUGACGAUGGGUUCUGGUGGACCGAAGACUUGGCCUCGCUACCUACGGCCAACCCUACCUCGGCGACCUACUCCAAGGAUCCCGUAGAUCGACCCCCGCCUGUUCUCAAGGUCCUCGCAGCAAGCUGGAACGCCGAGGGCAGCCCGUAUCGGUUUUGGGAGAUGUUCAAGUUGAGUGGAUACAUGUCGGGAAAUCGAGAGGUCGAGAAGCAAACCUAUCCGGUGCUAUACCGGGCCAAGUUGUUGCUCAGGGAAAUCUUGUUUUAUGAUCUCCAACAAGACGAGCCGUCGAUUCGAACGGACGUGAAUACCGCCAACGCGCAGCCUCUCCCGGAUGAUAUUGACUACGAUGGACGGAACCGGUUGAUAUACAACUGCAUGACGCAGUUCCUUCAAUCGUUCGAAAGCAGCACAAUGCGCAGGGUCCUUUCCGAACCCAAAGGCUGGCUGGCAGUCUUCUUCUCACUCUGCAUCUUCAGCAUCGUUCGCACGAUCUUGGCCGACCUGGUUUCCACCCCCUCACGCGCUGCAGUAUCUCAUCCCCAGGCUGGACAUGCCAUGACGUCAGGUGCUGCGGCGAUGCAUAGUGUCCACAAAGUUCUCGUAAGCAUUUUUGCUUGGUCAACGCCCAUGCUUCUAGACGACCCGAGCUUAGACCUGGAUGACAAUGACCGGUUCAUUUUCUCCACUACGUGCGCUGCACUUCGAAGGGAGGACUGGAUGACUUGGGGAAUCCGCUCCUCGAAAGACUUUCUGCUCGGCCUGGGCAGUGGCUAUUUGGUUGACAACACCGGUUUCAAUGGAUUCUUUAGACAGCGGACACCGAUGUACCGACCUAUUCAAUACCAAGCACAGCCCGUUGCACCGCAGCUGGGUGAACCGCGUAAACCAGCUCCCGAGUGGCGGCCUAUUGAGGCUUGGGGACAACAAAGAAAUGAGGUUGAGCUGUCGGCUCCCGCGUUCGGGUUAGAGCCGACGAGACGGCACACGGUUGGAGAAAGUCCCGCCUUUACACGCGCCAUAUCCAGGGGCCUGGCAUCGCCUAGCAAGCUCAGAACUUCUUAUCAAAGACCACCGCUUCGCCGCGUCUACUGUGGCAAAUGCAACGAAUAUCCCGAAGGUUUUCGGGGCGAGCACGAAUUGCGAAGGCAUACGGAUGCGAAGCAUGCUGCUCUGGUUAAGAGAUGGGUAUGCACAGAGCCACCGAAUUUCAGCCCUGGCUCGCCUCAACCUGUCAUUCCACUGGCCAAGUGCAAGGCCUGUGUCACCCAGAAGCGAUAUGGUGCUUACUACAAUGCUGCCGCACACUUGCGACGAGCUCACUUCAACCCCCACCGAGGUGGCAAAGCAAGUGGUGACUGGCCUCCCAUGACAAUCUUGAAAGAUUGGAUGCGGGAAGUACGCCAGUCCAUUGACGUGAAUGACAAUGAUAGCUCCAGUGGGGAGGAAGAUAACGAUGCGAGGAUGGUCGAAGAGUACACUGUGCCACGGCAGCCGGCAUUCUUGGAAGCACCUCGACUUGCUCCGGCACCCCCUCAGGGGCCUCAAGGGCCUUUGCUUGCGCCGUCAAUUGCGCCAUCCUUGGAGAGCACGGUUCAUAGCAGUCCUAUUACCCCUAAAAUCGAGGACAACAAGAAUCGUUGCCCACACCCCGACUGCGGUCGCGUUUUCAAGGAUCUCACAGCUCACAUGCUGACCCACCAAGAAGAACGACCGGAAAAGUGCCCCAUAGAGACGUGUGAAUACCACACAAAGGGCUUUGCCCGAAAAUACGACAAGAAUCGACAUGCCCUGACGCAUUACAAGGGAACGAUGGUAUGUCCGUUCUGUCCAGGGCCAGGGACGGAAUACGAGAAGGCCUUCAACCGGGCCGACGUGUUCAAACGACACCUUACCGCCGUUCACAACGUUGAACAGACUCCACCCAACAGCAGAAAGAUGAUCAUAACUGGCAACAGUUCGCGUGGCGGCGACGCCAAGUGCUCCAUCUGCCAAACCCGCUUUUCCACGGCGCAGGAGUUCUACGAACAUUUGGACGAUUGCGUGCUCAACGUGAUCGUGCCCACUACACCGAAGAUGCCGAGAGAGCAAGUUUCAACGCCAAGUAAACUGGGGAGCGAGGAUAAUACCAUUACCGUGGCGAUCGACGAUUUCGAGGAAAGGAUCAGAGACGAUGAAGGGGAGGCCAUCACGGAGGUUUCGAUAGCCUCGGAACCGGCGGAGCUGGGAAAUGGAGAUAAAAUGGAACUCGUCUCGGACAAGGAAGAUGACCAUGAGAGGGGUUGAAAGGGAAGAAGGAUGAGUGAAGCUAUUAGCGAAGUUUAUGGCGUUCUAAUUUUGACUGAUACUUAUAUUAUAUGAUAGCCAUGAGAAUUCAACUGCAAAUUCACUUCUGAC